CAAGACAGUUAGAAAAAUCCACCUUGAACCGAGAUUUCCUUCUCGUCUCGUAUUUUCCACUAGGACAGCCAAGUCAAUACAUUGAUUUUUAUGGUACAAUUUAUACUUUUCUAAAAUGCAAAUUUAACUAAUGAAUGCAAUCAUUUUAAAAAGAGCGGCCCUUCGCUAACCUCCGUUUCCACAAAGUGGCCCCCGAGUCAAAACAAUUGCCCACCCCUGGCAUAGGAGUGUUCCACGUAACUCUACGCUUACUUUUAACCUUCUUUAGUAAAUUUUGAUGAUUGCAACGGUGCAACGACAUUCGGCUCGUAAACUCAUUUACCGCGAUUAUCCUAUCGACGGAGCGCCAUAGAUACCAGGCGAGAAUUGCAUUAUAAAUGGACUUUGAGCGCGUGCACAUUUUUUCGUCGAAAGGCUGUUUACACGAGCCCGGCUGCAACCACAUAUAUAAAACGGUUGUUGUUUGUCCGUACGAUUAAGAACAACAUAACAGAUUGUUACAAUCCGAGCUGUAUCUUUCCUCGAGCAGUUUAUAAUAAACACACGUGCAGGGAUUCGAAGAUAAAUAAAUACACAUAUUUUUGUUCGGUAGCGUCUAAAACAGCAGAUUAACGAUUGCACGCGGUCGAGUAUAGCGAUUCCUUUCGUUUCGCGUGCAUGACUCGAAGAUAAGCCCGAGAUACUGCCGCUCUAACUGCCGAAUUUAUAAAGCCGAUAAUUGUAUCACUCUCAGGGAUGGGAUCGAGGAUUAAAUAAUUUUUCACGCUCUCUUGGUUGAAGAUUGAAAUAAGUUCAGAUUUAUUGUCAGUUGAAAUAGAAAAGAAGAAUGUUUAACAAAAUGAAAUAAAUCUAGAGGACAGCUGAUCGGAAUAACCGGCUAUCCUUUAUCAUAAAGGGCGGGGUACGAUGGGCAUAAGUAUACUUGGAUCGGAUCUCUGGUAAGCUGGUUCCUCGUUCGGUUACAAAGAGGCUCGUUCGUUCCCUUCGGCGCAACUAAACACGGUCAGACGAUUUGCAGACGUUCGUGUUUGUCGUUGUGUGUAUAUACAUAUGUAUGUACAUCAGUUUGCCCCUUGGCUCUUUCACGUGCACCUUAUCAAAGGAUCGCGUGGCCGAAGUUCGAGCUCGGUACGCGGGUAUUAAUUAAGCGGCGUGAUUUCCGAAAUUCCAUCACUGCCCGGCUGUUCGUCGUCGCCUCUUGAAUGGGGUUCGAAGAUCGACCAAGUCCGGCCACGAAUGAUUCACGCAGCCUACGCGAUUUACUAUAUUCUUCGUGUGGCGAACCAGGCGCUUACCGUUUCGCCACAGCCGGCAGUUACGGUGGAGGGGCCGGUGUCCAAAAUGUCUCCACCAACGAACGACGUGACCAACGGCGUGGUUGCGCCACCCAACACCUUGGCGCCUCGGGUUUCGCCGACCGCGAACCCGGCUCUCACCACCAUCAACCCGCCGACGCACAAGCGUAAUCCUAAGGAUUUCAUUUUUGGCAAGGUGAUCGGCGAGGGAAGCUUCUCCACCGUUUACCUCGCCAAAGAUAUUCACUCGGGGAAGGAGUACGCGAUCAAAGUGUGCGACAAGCGUCACAUCAUCAAGGAGAAGAAGACCGAGUACGUGAAACGCGAGAAGGAAGUGUUGAACAUGCUCGCGGACGCGAAACAUUCGUUCGUGCGCCUGUUCUGCACGUUCCAAGACGUGGAAAGACUUUAUUUCGUCCUAUCGUACGCGAAGAACGGUGAGCUCCUGCCCUACAUCAACAAGGUUGGCUCGUUCGACAUCGAGUGUACGAAGUUCUACUCGGCGGAGAUCCUUCGUGGUCUCGAGUACCUGCACGGUCUCGGCAUCAUUCAUCGCGAUCUUAAGCCAGAGAACAUUCUGCUGGACGAGAAGAUGCACGUGCUCAUCACCGACUUCGGCAGUGCCAAGAUACUGAAGGAUCCGGAGACGGUGUCGACGCAUACCACCGCCACGGACGACCCGCAACAGCAGCAACAGCAACAGCAGCAGUACCGACGAGAACGCAGGGGUUCGUUCGUUGGUACCGCCCAAUACGUGUCGCCAGAGCUGCUGACCGACAAGACGAGCAGAGCCUCCGAUCUCUGGGCCCUCGGCUGUAUAGUCUACCAGAUGGUCGCUGGUCUGCCCCCGUUCCGCUCUAGAAGCGAGUACAUGAUAUUCCAAAAGAUCCUGAAGCUCGAGUACGAGAUACCCGACGGCUUUUGCGAGCUGGCCAGGUCACUGGUCAGUCAGCUGUUGGUGCUCGAGCCAUCCGAGAGACUGGGCGCCCAGGACGAACACGGCGCCGGAUAUCCCAGCAUCAGAGCGCAUCCCUUCUUCGAGGGCGUCGACUUCGAGACCCUCCACGAGCAGACACCACCACCGAUCUACCCAUACCUGCCAGGUACGUCGGAACACGAGGAGCUCAGGUCGCAGUACAGGGUUCCCGAUCACCUGGAACCUGGCCUCGACGACAAACAGCUCACCAGGCUUCUUGGUCUGGGCAUCGGCGAGGACGACGACGACGACGAUGACGACGACGAAGACGCGACCAUUGAGCGUGAGAAGGCCGCGCAGCAGGCCACUAAAGUCGUCGAGAAGCCAAGGAGAAGGACGAACGCGGCAGCGACGGACGGUAACAUCACCGAUCUAACGCCGGAGGAGAUCAAGAACCGGCUGGAAAAGCAACGCGCGUCCAAUCAAUGGGAUGUCUUCGUUGAGGGCAACCUGAUACUGAAGCAGGGAUUCGUGAACAAGAGGAAAGGCCUGUUCGCCAGGCGGAGAAUGCUCCUGCUCACCACCGGACCACACUUGUACUAUGUCGAUCCUGUCAACAUGGUGCUCAAGGGGGAGAUACCCUGGAGCCCGGAACUAAGGGUCGAACCGAAGAGCUUUAAGAUCUUCUUCGUCCACACACCAAACAGAACGUAUUAUCUUGAAGAUCCCGAAGGAUUCGCAUUGGAGUGGUGUAGAGCGAUCGAGAACACGCGAGUCCACUACUACGGCCUGCAGGAGUCCACCACCACCGCUUAAACAGAAGACUGAACCCAAGAUCGUUUUGGAUGGAACCCAGUAGGAAAGUAUGUUUCAUCGUAAAACGGUAAAUGUUGUCCGCGAUGUGCGAUCACCGAACUUGUGGUACUCGUUCGUGGCCAGACCAGGCGAUUAUACGUAUACACAUAUACAUAUUACAUACAUAUAGAUCGUUUGUUAGCGUGUAACUUGUCGUUAAGGGAAAUAAUAUUCUAGGAUAUGUUAGCAUUCUAGCGCGCGUACCAAGCGUUUCUGUACAGCUUUAUGAUAAAUUUUCUAGAUAAAAUUCAAAACGUUGUUAAUUAUAUUUCGGAUGGUCCCGCGAGAAAAUGUCGGGUAUAGGGGCACCGAUAGGAGAUACGUAUUUCGAGAUCAUCGUGCAGCUAUCUUAUCGUCAUUUUUCACCCAAGUUCGCUAUUUAUUAUCGACCUCAGAAGUACCUUGAACACGGUGCUGCACGAUGUAUUUCUAGCACGACGAAACACACGAGGAAUAGCGAAAUUUUUAGCCAAGGUUUUUAACUGUGUGUACUCGCACACAGAGUUGCUGCUGACGCGUGACGAGGUCGCCUGUUGUUUCCUUAAAACUACCCUAAAGUUGUUUCAAUCGUUUGAAGAAAACGAAAUUCGUUAUUGAUCAUUGACGCGUAAUCGGAAUAUCACGGUCAAAAUUCCUUCGAGACUUAGAAAAAUGAGAAAACGAGAAGACUAAUUAUGCUGUUACGAGUAUUUGACGCGGUUCAAAGCGCAAGGCUAAUUUAGGCGGCCGUCGAUCGUUCGCGUUCUCAGCAGCAGCGUAUUACUCUGUUCCAAAUAUAGCCAAAAUUACAUAGAAAAUUGCUGGAGAGUUGUUUAAACCGUAAACCACAGCGGUGAUCGUGGGGAGAGGGUAGUCUCUUCGCAUCGACGGGUAGUCUCCGCUGUCGGUCACGCGAAUCUAGACGUCAAUUUAUAUAGUCGAAGUUAACCAAAAAAUGAAAACUUUAUAAAAGAAAUGCGGCGGAAGACAACGUAAUCGCUUCGCAGCUUUAAGUCGUGUUUUUACGUCGCCUGGAAAGGGAUGCCUCGGAAUGGUUGCGCGUUUAUUCCGACGUUAUCCCUUGCGCUCUUCAUCUACAGUAUUCUCUUCUCGUUGUUCGUUGCCCCGUGUUUUUUCCCUUCUCGGUGCGUUGUAAAUAUUUAGCGCGAUUUUCACGAAGAGACAGGCUACGUAAAGCGCAUAUAUUAUUAACUCUGUAUAAGUACAUAGGUCCCUCGUAUAUUAUAUACAUAUACGUAAGUACAAAAAUCGUUGUCAGACCGCUGCAUUUUUCUCCCUCUUCUAUCGUUCUUCGUUUUUACUUAGCCCGUAUUUUUCCUCCCCCCCUUUGAUCGCCAAUCUGGCCCUCGCGGACUCGAUCGAACAAUGUGUGUACAGCCGGGAACUAGGACAACAUUUAGAUUUUAAUCGAAAGGAGAAUGUUUAGUAAUUGUUUAAGGAGCUGAUAAAACGUUCGUUGUAAAAAAAAUAGGCAAAGAAGGAGGAGCGGUGGAAAUUUCGGAGGAAAACCGUGUAUUUCCUCGUCUUGCGAAAGACUUGACAAACUUGAACGUGACCCUACGAAUUAAGUAGAUAGAAUCGUUUAAAAGAGGAUAGCUUUAAGAGAAGUAGUAGCCCCGUUUAGAUACGAAAAUCACACACAUUCACACGCACGCACACACACACAGAAGCAUACCACCAGUACACAUCGACCGCGUUCAGACUAAUUAUCGUUAUCGUUCAUACUAUUACUCUAAUUUUCUAGUAUUUAGCGCAACAUUACGAAUUAUUGUUAAUGACGUUAAUUAACUGCUACGCCGUAUUACCAGCAUAAGUAUUUUUCUCCCCUCGUAACUGUCGACGUAUUUAAGCAACCGAUGAUUCUCUAUUUCUCGUUUCUUUUCCCUUCUUUGUUUUAUCGUUUCGUUUUACUUUUUUUUUUCCACGUGCGAUUUUUCUUAAUUUAUUGCUCCGUAUUCGUCCCUGAUUAUUUAUUUUUUUAUCGUUUACGUUCCCUCGCGUCGUUCACGUAGAAGUUACACGCCAGCCAGACUUUAGUUAGUACUACUACCGCUACCACCACUGCGACUAUUAUUACUAGUACUACUACUACUACUAUCGCUAUUAUUAUACUAUUACUAUUUAAUAUUAUAGCGCCGUUCUCUGUUGUGUACGCACCUAUACGCAUGCGCGUACGCUGGGACUUCCCCCGCGUGUAUACGUACGCACCUAUACGCAUGCGCGUACGUCGAGGCGUCCCCCGCGUAUACGUCCGUACGCAAUCUAUGUUUAUAUGCGUUCUCGUUCUAUAACUAUACAUAUUAUUAGUAUAUUGUCUUUAGCCGUAACUCUAGGUAAUCUGUAAAUAAUACUGCCUCGUUUAUCGUCGACGCAUCGUGGCCCUGUUCGAUUUUUAGCCGCGCGAAUCAGUCGUAGCCCGUUCUGUAUGAUAAUAUCUGUAUAUUACCUAUACAUAAAUAUUCUAUAUAUAUAAAGAGGUAUAUAUAUAAGCACAUAUAUACGUAUACAGUUAUAUAAAAUAUUUAUGAAUUGUGAAUAGUAGUUAGGGAAAAUCGUGUAUAAACGUUCGUUCUUAGGUUUUAGGCCAAAAGACGCGCUUAGGUUUAAUAUAUUUUGUUGACGUUAUCGUUGCCACGACUGAAUCGCGCGAUCUUCCUCGUUGUUGUACUAUAAUGAUAAAACCAGCUUCCCUAACUUUCUUCUCGCGAUACCUUUAGAAGACUUAAACAGGGUAUUUGGAGGAGGAUCCGGUGAAAUACGGGGGUACGAUCGUGGUGUCUGCGACGCCACCGCGAGUAUGCUCGAAAUAAUGGUGGUUCGUUUUACGGAUCGGCAUUGUCCUUGUGCCCAGUGGCUUUCCAAAAUGACCGCUUUUGGCGUGCCACGCACGGUGCUUGCGGGCGAAAACGGGACGCACAGGCUCGACGAUCGUCUCACAAAUCUGUUCGCCGUUUCUUUCUCUUUGACUAUAGUGAGAAUCGAUCGCGAGAAGGAACCGGAUAGUUGUUGGUCCUCCACUUCCUGUUCCCACGUUUCCCUUCCCGUUCCUUCGCGGAGAACAGGGCCCCGAUGGCGUUCGCUCGAUAACAGCAAACACAGUCUUUCUGUCAAAACGAAGCACGCGGGUGUCAAUGAUGUUUGCAAAAUUUUAGAAGCGUCAGAGGUGUUUUCCCGACGACGCUUCGAUCGUUCACGGCAAUGCCCGACCAAAGUUCCUCGCUACAUCGACCAAUUGCUGCUUCAUUUUCGAUGAAAGAAUGUGUCUAGGCACCGUUUCAUCGAUUCUCGACUCGUUGAUCAUGGAUCGAUGACACGGUUGCUGAUCACACAGAGACGUGUUUCCACUGUUGUAAACUUUGCAGGUUCUACGUUUUAUGCAGACGUUGCAAACUUUCGUGUGGGUACGCGUGUAUUUUCUUCUUUUCAUUUUUCCUGAGCGUCGGCUCCCUUCAACCGGGGAAAGGUGGUCGCUUUUAUUAUAAAAUAGUUUUCCGUUAAUUUUUGGAGACUGGUCUUUUGAGAUUCCUAAUCCCCUUCGAAGGCGGCGCUUUACCUCCGUUGUAUUAUAGUUCACUUAAUACUUUUAGCCGAGCAUACUAAAUCUCUGAGCGUAUAUUUGUUGAGAUACGUUCGAUGCGAACAAGCGAUAAACAAAACUAGCUAAUUUAAUUUAUAUAUAUAUAUAUACUCGCGAGAGGGAAGAACGAAUACUUAAAAACAACUGCGAGAAACAUGUGUAAAGAAAAUAAUAUGGAAAAAGAAACGUUCGGACACCACUAACGUUAAGAACUUACACGCAAGCAAUAAUAACAAGGCCUUGCGAUUAUUCGAAUGCCUACCGUUUCGGCGUAACAAGGACGGUUCAACUAUUAAUUGCAGUAUUACUAAAUGUAUACAGACUAAAAGAGUACACUUACACGCCAACACCAACGUUAAUGGUUUUACUUAUACACACACACUAAAUACUUCACAUCGGAUAAGAAGACUCUUGUAAAUAGUUAGCACGUAAUUGAUAUCAUAGGCGACAAGACCUAUUAACAUCAAAUUUAUUUAUAGUAAAUUUUCCGAAAUACCGUA